AUGUCCGAACAGAACUUGCCCACAGAUAGCGGGGCGGCAGCCACAAACUCAAACAAUGCCUCCGAUUCAUCCAACACAGAGUCAAAUCUACCACCUAUUCUCUAUUCCAAACGCAAAAAGCGUCAACUUUUCACAAAGGAUAUUGAAAAUCUACUAUAUGCAAUGGGGGACCGACCAUAUUCUUUAAACUCCACCGUUUCAGCAUUGGAAGAUAUCUUGGUCGACUUUAUUUCCCGGUUGUCUCACACAAUGGUCCACUAUGCCGCAUCACAAGGCCGUAAUCGAAUCAAAUUGAAUGACUUGGCAUUUGCAUUGCGCAAUGACCCAUUGAAAUUAGGUCGAAUGAUGUACAUAUUGGAGCAAAGUCACAAGAUCGAACGUGCAAAGAAGUUAUUUGAUGAGGAGCAAGGAACGCUGGAUAAAAAAGGUGACUUGUUUGGGAAACUUGGAGAUGAUGAUGAGGACGAGGAGGAUGGCGAGGGUGAUGGUAAAGAGGGCGAAGCAGUCAGCAAACAAGGGGAAAGCGGUAGUGGGGACGCAGUUGGAAAGAAGAAGAGAAAGGUUGAAUUGGAUGAGAAUGGGAAACCCAAGAAGAGAAAGUAUACAAAGAGAAAAGGUGUCGCAGAUGGGACAAAGGGGGCUGGUGAAUCAUGA